CGUUUCGGCCGCCGUUGUCCUGUGUUGCCAAUAGUAUUACCAACGUUGUGCCUCCUAAUAUUCGGUUCGGCGUGCGGUUGAGUUUAUAAUAACGAAUAUGAACGAUCAACGACAUUAGGAUUACAAGCUAAGUUUUCUACUGAAAAUCUUCUAGGGACAGGGCACACCAGAUUUGAACUGAGAGUCUCCUAUUUCAGAUUUCGAAAAAAACGCAUGAAUAAAAAAUGAACACAGCAACGCGGACGUAAUGGGGCAGAAUAACAGCUAUGGCGGCAAAGGUCAUUUUUGUCAGCUCAACAGCCUGUGGUCCAUCUGGUACGGUCUUAUAGCCACCGUGCUGAACGUUUACUCCGUUCUAUUAGCCACUAGAAGACUUUCCGAGUACCUGGAAGUAGUAUGGCCGCCCAAGAGUGUACUGCCGCCCCGUUUCGAAGUUCAUUGUUUCGUGGCCACCAUCGGCAUGGCCGCUGUUUUGGUGCCUUUAGUGGCAUUCACGGCAGCCUUUCGUACCGGUAACAUGGCCAACGACUCGGAGAAACUGGGAAAUCUAUUAGACAUCCGCCGACGUCGCCUGUCGUCUUGUUGGACCCACGGCCCGCCGUCGUCGUCCACUCUUCAUUCUUUUACCGCGCUGGCCUUGCUCGUCGUCAAGCUUAUGAUCGAAGCCAGAAUGCUGCAGGCUGGUCUCUUGUCAACAGAUAAGAUCUGGAAGACCGACUUAGACUUCCUGGUAACCGGCGGACACCACACGGUCACAUCCAACUCCACGUUAAAACUGCACGUGGAACCCAAGACUCAAUCGGUGCUCGUUCCGCAUUCGUUGCCCUCUGGUAGAUCAUAUACUUCCGAACACGACGGUACCAUGUCUGUUGAGUUUUUCAAUUACGCCAUGGCCCUUUUCGUUUAUUGUGGCCGCUACGCUUCCGUGUUCUGGGAGACGAACAAAUGUUUCGCCACUCUUUUCUCCGUUCAGCUGUUCGCCAACGCUCUACAGUGUUUGUCGCUGUACCUUUUCACCAGUAUCCUAUACAAGAUGCAAGUGCUGGGCGUUAGCAAAAUGAUUAAAGAACUACCGGCCGGCACCAGUUCGCACAGCUUGGUGUUGGACUACUUGGACACCGCCGUGCUGUUCACCGUCACCACGGUUCUCAUAUUCGUGUCCAACUCAAUAAUUUAUUAUUACGGAUACUCGCGGUUCAACACUUACGUGAGACGACAGACAGGCAGCUACCAUAAAAGCCUUACCGACGCGUACUCCAGCUUGAUGCCGUACUGUGCUAGCGUGCUGACCCUGUUGGCCGUCAUAGCCACCGAGAGCCCUCUGCUGUACAACGCCAUAGUGGUGUUCCGGUCGUCCCUGAACGGCGUGGUCUUGGUGUCCCUGUUGAAUUCGACGGCCCACGUUUUCGUGUGGAUCGCCAUGUGGUCGGUGCUGACGCUGAAGCCGUGCUGGAAGUUCAACUUGCAUCUGUUUCUGGAAUACGACCCGAUGGAUCACGCGGAGGAACCGGAAAACGACCGGGUUCCUACGCUGGUGGUGGCCCAGGGAGGGACGUACUCGUUGACGGAGAGGACGGCCAAGCGGAUAGUGACUUCCGUGGUGGAAAGGGUGGUUAUCGAUUACACGCGAAUGAACUCCGAUAAACAAAGAGCGAAAAGAACGCCGAAGACGAUGAGCGACGAACAGAUCUAUUGGCCCAGACCGAAAUCCAGUUCCGGUCGAAGCUGCUUAAGCGAUAUGGACGACUCGGAUGAACCGCCUGCCGGAUGCUUUGGGUGCAUACGGUCUAAAGGAUCUUCAAAAGGAAUUCCAUUGGAAAAGGUCCCCCGAAGAGGAGUAAGUCCCGAAGACGAUGGUGAUUAUGCCAAGUUGAGAGAACUGCCAAUGAUCCCACGUCCAAGUGUCAACGACCAUAGCGACGACAACACUUCAGAGGACACAAAGCUUUUGGAAACGGUCCGAGAAGGGGUGAUAACAUAUGCAAGUGCCAACACGAGAGAACUGUUUUAUUCUCCGGCCACUCCACCACCUCCACUGCCACCGGUUGAAGAUAAUAUAAGCUCGGCAGCCGAGUUUCACGCUAGCAAAUCCCAAGUGAACAAACAAAAUUAUCCUAUUUACAAAUCGACCAACACGUCCUGUCUCAAAAUCAGCGCGGCGGUGGACGACUUCGAGGAGACUAAGUCUGAAUCUGAGGCGUCGGCGGCCGGUCAUUCGCCACAAGCAGCGUACAGCGGCCACAGCGAGUCGUCCAGUGGCGUCCAUUCGAAUUCUAGUCAGGAGACGGCAGCCACUAUGCCUCUCCCACCACCGCCGCCGCCACUAUCGCCGGACGAACGCCGGCGGGCCAGUUACGCCGAGCUACCCGUGGAUACCGUGGUCAUCCGGCACAAAAGGCCCGGCGCCAAGGCUCGCAUGCCGCCCGAUCCUUGUAUGCGUCCCACCAACGUGGCCCUCAGCUCUUUCACCGAGCCCAGAGGAGCCCGCAACCGUCCGGGAUCAGUUCCCAGUUGGAAAACGAUGCCGCACAACACUCCGCCGCCGUCGAGGGCUCCGCCAGUGGCCGCCCAACAGUGGCCGUCCACCGUCAUACGAUCCCGGAACCACACCACCAUACCUACUCACCACAACGGCGUCAGGCUAUUCAACCCUUCGCAUAGGCAAUAAACUAAAACCAUUCCUAAAACAUAACUUGUCGAAACAAUGUGUCCAAUCUAGUCCUCGUCGUACUCGGCCGUAACUCUAAAUAGAUAAUAAUAAUGUCAUGGAGUUAACUCAACUGCCAUCAGAGCUCAGUCGUGCUGCCAUUGUCCACCUAAUAUACCAAAUGAAGUUGAAAUCGAAUUCCCAAAUAUUUGGUAACCGUUACUUAACAAAGUCCUGGGACUACCUCAACACAAAAAAAAAUAUAUAUAUAUAUAAAUAAACGAAUUUCUCGAUUCGAACAAACUGGUAUUUUUUUUUAUCUGAAUUUAUCACCCGAUAGACUGAAAGUAGAGUGAAUUAUGAAAUAUUAGUAGUGGUUAAAAAUACUGAACCCGUCCUUCCUAUAAACUGUAAAGGAAUAGGAUAACACAAUUCUUAUUAAACUAUAUAUGAAUAAUUGUAUUAACGUUUUUUUUUUUCUGUGCGUUUCCUAUUGUUACUUAUCGAUUCAAACAAACAAUAUAUCCAGUGCCGAAUAUAAUAUCGUUAAUUCGGAAAAUUUAAAUAAUACAAAGGGCAAUAUAUUUUAAUAUUUAUACUUUUAUAGUAAAAAUAAGCUAAGCACCGUCACGUGACCUGUUAAUUUGUUUGUAAAAUGUUUUAUGUAAUAUUAUUAUUUUGUUUUAAAACUAUUUAAUUUCUACCGUAGACCUGCAACGUGUUUAGAUUUGUAUUGAUUUACACCGACUUACAUUCAACUAUGAGAGAUGAAAACGAGCAGUCAUUAGAUAAGUUAUUUGCUUACAAAGUAUAGAUUUCCAAAUUGUAUACAAUAUUAUACUAUUAGACUGUACAAAAUACUCAUAGGCUAAGUCAACAUCAAAAUAUUUAGGCUAUUUGAGUCGACGAUGGUAAUAACAAAAAUUCCAAUUUUUAUUAAAAUAUCGAUUCGGUUCGUAUAAGUUUCGUCUCGUUUCCUUUUUUAUUACUUCAACAGACUGUUGUUAUCCUUGGUGCUAUAAUAUAACGAUUAUAAUUUAACAUUCAGGCUUUUAAUCAUUGUUCUCAUACACAAUUUUGUACAUUAUUGUUCUAUACAUUUCUUUUAUUUCGUUUUGUAACUAUAAAAAUGAUGUACUUUUAUACAUUAUAAUACCUUUGUAUUGUUUUUUUAAUAUGAUUAAAAACGUGUGCUUAUAUUUAUUAUUUAAUUAAGGGAAUACAUACAUAUAUACAUCUAUAUUUAUUAUAUACAUAAUCGUAUUAGAUAACAUUUAUCAUCAUUAUUACUAUGUAUAGGUAUAUAUAAUUAAGAUUGUGCGUAUUUAGAACGUGAAAAAUAAUAAAUUACUCGUAAUAUCGUUUGUAUAAUUCCUUGUGAGUCUAUCCGUCAACCGUCAUUAUCGUUUUACAAUAACUUAUAAAAUACAAUAUCCA